ACAGCCAGAAACACAGCAGUUAGCAAGGAUAAUCAUUUUCUUUCAAAUAUUAGAAUUAGACCUAGAGAGAAUCAAUUUUCGCGGCAACGGUGUGUAAAUUAUUUGCAUUUUUUUUUUUUGACACUAGAAACUCGGGUUGUGAAAGCUGUAGAGACGGACGACUGUUGUGCAGCGAAAAGUUUAUCGAUGGCGUCUAUAGUUUUAAAAAGUUUGUCUGUGUUUUUGGGGCUGUUUUUCAUAUUUGUAGGAAUUAUGAAGAUUACCCCUUAUAUUAGUAGAGAACUUCAUAAGGAUCUGCGACAAGAAUAUGUGAAAUAUGCCAAAAUUAUACCAUUAGCACGCUGGCUGGAUGUCAAAAUACCUUCAAAAUGGUAUCGUCGUAUAGUUGGUGGCCUUGAAAUUGUCUGUGGCAUUGCUCUUACUUUCAUCCCACAUCGCCGUACAAAGCAGUUAGCUAACUGGAUUCUACUUUCUCUGAUGAUUGCUGCAAUCUCCUUGCAUUGGGCAGUAGAUGACAAGCUGGAGCGCUCUGCCCCAGCUCUAGUCUUCUUCUUUAUGUUGACAUGUCGGUUGGUGGUGGAGUGGCAAAUUGAACGCCAAGAUAAAGCAGAGGCUGCUAAAGCAUCAGCCAAAGCACCUUCUGUGGGAUCUACCCAUUCUAACAUCCCUGCCAAACUGGCAAAGAAUGACUAAUCUGAAUUUUGAUGCCAAUAUACUCUUUGUCUUAAGUCA